UUUGUCAAAGAACAAAUGGACGACGAUCGAACUAAACAACUAAAAGCUUUUGAUGACACAAAAUCCGGUGUCAAAGGACUAAUCGAUGCUGCAGCUGGUGGGGUGGUUCAUAUUCCCAAAAUAUUUAUCCGACCACCCGAUGAACUUGCUGAAGAUCUAGAACUUACUAGGACAAGUUUGCAAGUUCCUGCCAUUGAUCUUAAUGGGCAUGGUGAUAAGGGGACUACAAUAAGAGAAAAGAUUGUUGAAGAAGUGAAAAAUGCUUCAGAAAAAUGGGGUUUCUUUCAGGUUGUUAAUCAUGGAAUACCGAUGAAAGUGCUUGAAGACAUGCUAGAAGCUGUGCAUAAAUUUAAUGAGCAAGACUUAGAAACAAAAAAAAAGUAUUAUACAAGGGAUCCUGAGAGGAAGGUUAAGUUUAAUACUAAUUUUGAUUUUUACAUGUCAAGAGCAGCUAAUUGGAGAGAUACGUUGAUUGUUGAUAUGUUGAAAUCAGAUCAUAUUGAUCCUCAAGAUAUUCCCUCAGUUUGCAGAGAUGCUACUGCUGACUACUUAAGCCAUCUCACGAAACUAGUUGACACCCUUUUUGAGUUACUAUCAGAAGCUCUUGGGCUCAAACCCGGUCACCUAAAACAGUUGGAAUGCGAGAAGGGUAAAACCCUUACCUUGCACUACUAUCCUGCAUGCCCCGAACCUGACCUGACCUUAGGGGUCAGCAAGCACACUGAUGCUACUUUUAUCACUAUACUUCUACAAGAUGAGGUUGGGGGACUCGAAGUUCUACAUGGAAACCAAUGGGCCCGUGUGGAACCCAUUCCUGGCGCUCUUGUUGUCAAUAUUGGAGAUCUUCUUCAGAUUGUAUCAAAUGACAAGUUCAAAAGUGUGAUCCAUAGAGCAUUUGGCAAUGUAACUCAAACAAGAGCAUCCGUUGCAUGUUUUUUCCAUGGUGUGGUCACACCCCCGAAACUAUAUGGGCCUAUUGAGGAAGUCGUUACUAAAGAAAGUCCUCGGAUUUUUAAAGAGUUCACUGUAGGGGAUUACAUGUCGAAGUUUUACUCGAGGGGACUUGAUGAAAAGUCCGGCUUAAACUAUGUUCGGAUAUAAUGUUAAUGUUAAUGGUGUUUCUCAAACGAAAAAAUAAUACAUAUCUCUUAAACUAUGCAUUUUCAA